AGCUACAGGAUGCUUGAUGAAGUGAAGUUCCUCGCAUUAAUGCAACAAAGAAGAACUUUAUAAUGGGUAAAAGUUUCUGCAGUGCAUCUUCAAGCAGGAAAUCUGAGAUUCAGAACAACUUAUAUUUUGGCUUGUAUUCGCUGAUCAUGGGGUGAUCCAGAAAUAAACUCCAGGCUUCAAAGCGAGAGUGUUUCAAAGCUGUCCUGCAGUUGAUCGAAACAUCCAGGCAAAGCAGGGAGAUGAAUACCAACGAGGAUUUUCUGAAUUAAGACUAUAUCAAGAAGAUAACUCAUUUCAACAAAAUCGUAACUCUUUUAUUUCAGAACUAAAAGGACAGCAAAGAAAAUACAAGACCAAAAAUGGCUACAACAGCAGCAAAUACCCAAAGACAAACAAUAGGCUCUGAGGAAUACAGUCUGUACAGCAGCCUGAGUGAGGACGAGCUGAUCAACAUGGCCAUCCAGCAGAGCCUGGGGGAGGAUCCAGUGGGCCAGGCAGCAGCCCAGGGCCACCCAAAGCCACUGGCAGGGGGUCCUGGCGAGACGGCUGCCCCCAGCAGUGCUAGCAGCCACAACCCUCCCUACUACCUCUACCCUUGGCAAAGAAUGGCAUACAGAGGCCGUAUUCAGCCACCCAACACAGGGGCAGCCUGGGCAGUCAGGCGAAGGUACGACGGCAGCACAGCACAGCCCAUAGAACUUGACCCUGUGGUAGCAGCAAUCAGGGAUGGAGAUGAAAAAGAGAUCUGCAACAUGAUGAAAUCAGGAAAAGACCUUUCUGAACCUAAUAAGGAUGGCUGGUUACCCCUCCAUGAAGCUGCAUACUAUGGCCAAGUGGGUUGCCUGCGCCUGCUGCAAAAAGCGUACCCUGGCACAAUUGACCGGCGCACCCUCAAUGAGGAGACAGCUCUCUUCCUGGCCACCAGCCGGGGCAACCUGGACUGCUUGCUUGCCCUGCUGCAGGCUGGGGCUGAACCUGACAUCUCCAACAAGGCCAGAGAAACUCCCCUCUACAAAGCCUGUGAGCGCAAGAAUGCAGAGGCUGCAAGACUCCUGGUACAGUACAAUGCUGAUACCAACCACCGCUGCAAUCGAGGAUGGACUGCUCUCCAUGAGGCUGUCUCCAGAAAUGACCUGGAGAUUAUGGAUAUCCUAGUGAAAGGUGGUGCCAAAAUUGAGUCUACAAAUUCCUAUGGCAUCACUUCUUUAUUUGUGGCAGCUGAGAGUGGGCAGUUAGAAGCUCUGAGAUACCUGGCAAAAUGUGGUGCUGAUAUAAAUACUCAAGCCUGCGAUAGUGCUUCUGCUCUUUAUGAAGCCUGUAAAAAUGGACACGUACAUAUUGUAGAGUUUCUUUUGUCCCAAGGAGCUGAUGCUAACAAAGCCAAUAAGGAUGGCCUCCUACCUCUUCACAUAGCAGCCAAAAAGGGAAUAUGCGAGAUUGUCUCCAUGCUGAUUCCUGUGACUAGUCGCAUCCGUGUCAAGCGCAGUGGCAUCAGUCCCCUGCAUUUAGCAGCUGAACGCAACAAUGAUGACAUCUUGGAAGAGCUAAUUGAUGCUGGCUAUGAGGUGAACACCACUCUCUCCAAUGAACGGUCCUGCCUUUACGAGGACAGACGAACCACACCUCUCUAUUUCUCUGUUUUUAACAACAACAUCUAUGCCACAGAGCUCCUGUUGCAAGCUGGAGCCAACCCCAACAUUGACCUUAUCAACCCACUGCUUAUCUCCAUACGCCACGGUUGCCUGACAACGAUGAAACUGCUUCUUGACCAUGGAGCAAACAUUGAUGCCUAUAUUUCAAGCCAUCCUACCACAUUUCCAGCUACAAUCAUGUUUUCAAUGAAGUACCUUUCUGUGCUGAAGUAUCUCCUGGAUCUUGGCUGUGAUGCUGUUUCCUGUUUUCAGUGUCAGUAUGGCAACUGCCCACACCCUGCUUUAAAUUAUAGGCGGGACAGAUUUAAUGAUCCUCAGCUGUCCAAAGAACCAACCAUAACACAGUUUUGUGAUAUGGUGUCUACUCCAGAGAUAAGUCGCUGGGCUGGGCCAAUUAUUGAUGUUCUCCUGGAUUAUGUGGGUAAUGUCCAGCUCUGUUCCCGGCUAAAGGAGCAUAUAGACAGCUAUGAGGACUGGGCUGUCAUUAAAGAAAAAGCAGAGCCUCCACGACCUCUUGCUCAUCUUUGUCGUGUCAAAGUACGAAGCUUGAUUGGAAGAAACCGCAUUAAACUUAUUGACACAUUGCCUCUUCCAUACAGACUGAUUCGAUACUUACAGCAUGAUUACACACAGUGACCUCAAGACUGGAAGACUUUCAGCAGCUUCCUAGAGUCAUCAGCAUGACAGUGGCACUCCACGAGGAAUUGCUGCUGGCUUGGUCAAGUGCCUUCCAAUGACUAAUCAAGAAAUAUGCUUCUGAAUUGAGAGUGAGAAGAAAAAGGAGUGAACAUCUAAACAUUAGGGUUUACAGGAGGAAGCACAUGUGAUCCACCUCAGAGCUUGGUCAGUAAAGAAAAAGAAGUGAAAGCCAAGGCUGAAAAAUGAGUAGUGCUGAAGAAAGUGCCAGUAAAGGAUUUUGGUGUGCCCUGGGGUCUGGUGGGGCUUAGCAUCCUUGCUGUGAUCACAAUUCAGAAGCUGUUAGAGUCAACAUAUUUGGGAAAACAACCACAUUUCAUUCACUGACUGAGAUUUUUAUUUUAGUUUCUACUCUGUGUUUUGGGUUUCUGUUCAGUGUGCUGGUCUCUAAUUUUCUGAUAGUUUGACGCUGUCUUGCUAACAAUUUUUUGGACCUUUCUCAGUUGGGUACUUGAUUUCUGAACAUUCAAAGCUCGGAACUUUUAACUAUACUCAGAUGUGCAGAUUCCUUUAAAAGCUGAGGAAAGCUUUACUGAAGGAGGAUGUAAGAACUGUAUUUACACCUAGCAAAUACAGUUCAAGUUGUAUUACAUAAGAAGGAAGUGAAUUUGUGCUUGAUAUAAUUUUCUAUAUUUUCUGAUUUUCUAUUCUGGGGAUUUGAUAGCAACUCAUAUACAUUUAUAAAUAUAUUCUUCUCUGUAAAUUAGAAGUAGUUGCACUGUACACAGUAGCUAAAGUCUGUCAUGAAGCUGGUUUCUGAACAGAACAAAGCCUUAGAGGAGCAUGGACAGUGAUGAGGAAGAAAGGCAAGAUACAUAGGGAACAGCAACACUGCUACACUAACUUUAUCUAUUGUUCCACUAGAGGAUCUUGUCCCUAUGAAACUCAGCCUCUCUUACUUCCUUGACUUCUGUGACUAUAACAAUACUAUGACUGGAAGAAAAAAAAAAAAAAAAAAGAAAAAGAAAAAGAAAAAGAAAAAAAAAAAGAAAAAGAAAAAAAAGAAAAGGUUAGUUCAAAAUGAUGAGACUUUGAGAUUUAUGAAAACUAAUGCCCAGAAUUUAGCUUCUAAAUCUUUCUUCAGGUGCCCAAACAAUGCCAAGAUUCUUUUGCCAGUUGUAGUUACAUUGAAAGCCAAUGGGACAACUCUGGUGUAAGAUUACUGAGGCAGCAUAAGUCCUAGGAUUUAGCCUCGAGUUUCUUGACUUUGGAAGUUAGAAGUAUCUAUUAGUUCUUUUGACAUUGACAAAAGUUAUUAUCUCAGCUUCUUUGAAAAUUAGGUCACCUAUUUACAGCUCAGAUACACAACUGAUUUAUGGCAGCUUAACGAGUUGCCAUCUAUCAGCUGAACCGCUAUAAUUGUCCGUGAAAUUCUUUUAUUGAAGUUUUUAACAAGUCACAUUCCCUCACAGCUGGGGAGGCUGAGGAGCCCACGAAUGGUUAUUGGCAGUGACUACAGCUCACUUGACAGGUGUGACUUGCUGAACCACUGAAAUUUAAUGAAUGCCUCAGUCCUGAUCAGGCGCCUAAGUAAGGACGGAAGAGCCCAAUUUUGGAAUCAUGUAUUGGCAGAUCUUAUUCUAGAAGCAUACCCAUUCUUACCUUAGGUGACAAAAGAACUGUGAAGUAGGGAUUGUUUUGAUUUCCCACCAGAGACCUGACAGAUCUGUUUUUGUUUGUUGGCCUGCGUACUAUGGAAUGAGAUGGAAAUAUAAGUAGGGAAAAUGCACUGGACUGACUUUGUAUGUGGUUCCACAACUUAGCAUAGCACUAGAAGUGUGUUGCACACACACAGGCCUAUCUGGGCACAGAAGUCCAGAUUCUGUGAUGGUUUUGUGUGAAAUGCAUUCAGCACUCAUGGGAUAUGAUGUGAGUGGAAGCAGAAAUGGUCACAGCUAAGGGCACUCUGUCCAUAGCUGUCCUCUUCCCAAAUGCAAAAGCAGUUGAAAAAAACAACAGCUGCAGUUCUCACUGAACUGUGAUCUUCUUGCAAAGCUUUAUAAAAUAAGAUGAAAUUCCUACACUAUUGAAACUCCAUCACUAUCAGGAUCUGCCCCCUUGUCUUGCAGUGUGAACUCCACCAUUCUUAAAGGAGGAAUGAAGUCUCUGGAGGUACAGUGCCACCUGCCCAGUAGGGCCAUUGAGCCUCUCCAUGACACCAGUUAGGAGCUGGCUGACACUGCUGGUCAUGUAGAGAAGAGCUGGCUAAGCAGUCCUCUGAAGAACUCCUCCAGCCUUUGUGAGUCUGUAUUGCCAGUGAAGGACCUGUAAUUAUAAUCAUAGAAUCACUGUAUAUCCCAAGUUGGACAUGACUCACAUGGAUCAAGUCCAACUUCUAGCUCCACACAGAACCGCCCAAAAAUUAGACUGUAUUAUUGCAAGCAAUAGUUUGAGAAAUGGAAAGUCAUCUGUGGAAUUAUUGUAUCCCUCCGCUUAUGGGGCUGAGCAGUGAAGGUCUGGGUCUUGCUCAUAUUGAUAUAAAUCAGAAGAAAAAAUGUUGAAAUUAAAUAAGUGUAAUAGAACAGACUUGCAGGUGAUAGAUACUGUGCAUGGCCUGGUGGAAACCAUGCUAAUGUAAGCAUUCUUUUGGUGUGCAGUGUCAGCUCUGGAGACUGCUAGCUGACAGAAGGAUUUGAAACCACCAACUGCAGGGAUGGGAUUUCAUAAACCAUCGCAAAUAGGGAAUUUACUCUGAACCAACACUGUUACAUGCACCAAAGUCUCGUGAAUAACAGCUUCUUUUUAUAUCCUUGGACAAGAUGAAACUGGUUUUGGGUGGAGCAAAUAGAGAAAGUCCAUUUCUUCUUUUCACCAAAAGACCUUAAUCUCUGCUGGAAGACUCACAUCCUGGUUGCUCUCAGCUGUCUGUCCUGAGCAGCAGUCACUGACCUGAUGUGAGCAUACUGCAACUGAGGAGAGACGUAUGUUAGAGGGAGAACCUCGUAGUUACAUUAUUAUGCUCUUUCUGCUUGAUCUUUACUGCAAACCUUCACACAGUCAGUUUACAUUUAUUUGCACUGAAAUUGAGCCAGCUACCUCUCCUACACUCCAGUCACUGGCACAAUAUUUAAUGUGUGACGCUGAAUCUGUACAAAUCUGAUGAGCAUUUACUGCAUCUGUCUAAAACUGUGAUAAGAUAAAUACCCAACAUCCCAAGCAAAACAGGCUUUGUAAGCAGAUCAGUAGCUCCAGCUCCUUCAGAGAUUAUAACUUUUUGUGAUAUACUAUAGGAAUAUUUCAUGACCAGGUUACUGUACUUUAUCCUACUGUAACAUGUGCAAUUCACUUUAUGUUUGUGUGCACUAUUUUGGUUUUUAUCUUAUUUUAUACGAAAGAUUUUCAUUUACCUCUCCCUACCCAUUAUUUAUGAAAGCUACUGUAGUUUUAAGAGUUUAAAUUUGCACUGUUAUAGUAAACAGCAGCUCUUGAUUGUUAUGUUUCCAUCUUUCCAACAAAGUAUGAAUUAAACAAUUAGAUUCCAGAGGGUUAUCAGCUGUCCUGAAUAGCAAAAUUAAACAACCAAACAGUAGAACAGACAGGAAAAGAAUGAAUUGAUCCAAGCUUGCACAGUUGUUAAUUUUGAUGGCAAUCUCAGGGGUGAGAGAAUAGUAAAUAUCGGUAGAGAGAGUUGUAGAGUUGUUACUCUUUGCAUGCCUUUUGAAACGUCUAGAGCAUCUGCAUUCUAUGAUUUUGAAUGUACUUAGCAACUGGCUUCUGAUCAUUCAUGUUUUAUUUCACUGUUGCUCCAGCUCAGAGCUCCAAGGGUCACCUCCUGCCCUGGGCUGGGGAAGGAAGCCCUAUGUCACAGUGGAAUGUAAGGAUUUUAAAACAUAAUAUUGGCCUGAAUUAGAGGAUAAAUUGAUAAAUAUAAUGCUGGAGAUCACUUGGGACAAUCUGAUUCUAUUCUUUAGCUUAAUUUAAAAGCAGGCUAUGCUGCUACAUCAAAAAUGCAGCAACACAUUCAAAUAAAUGCUUCAAAAGACUAAAAAAGCAACACAAAACGUUUAGUGCCUGAAAGGUAGAACCUUGAACUUAACUCUCUUUUCCUGAAUAUCUUCAGAAAUAAAAUUUCUCCAGAAGCUCUCCACUUUGCAAAAUAUUUUAAUACUGAUGAAAUCCACAGUCUAGUGGAAUCCACUUUCAGAUUUCUCCCCUGGACUCCAGAAGGAACACUUGCCCACAGCAGUCUCUGCAAUACCUGUUGUUCAUUCCCUGAGCUUCUCUGGUCACCCACAUGAAGAGCAAUGCCAAGGAGGGUGCAUUGCAUUGGCAAGAAUGAGAGAGAUUCAGCAUCUGGCUUCAUCUGGAUUACAACAGAGUUACACAGCUGCUUAUGUGAGAAAAUGCUUCUAAUUACAUGAAACAUUUCCUUGCCUCCAGCUCUGCAAUUUAAGGUCCAUAAUUCUUUGUUCACUAAAGUAAAAAAGGCUACUGUCUCCUCGUAGAUUUGUUUUCCUAAAAAGACAAAAACAUGAGGACAUCUUCACAUCUGGAUCAAAGGCAAAUCUGAUGCCUUGAAUUCUUAGACCAGCUGUGUACCACUUUGCACCUUGCACAGAGUUGCAGGUACAUGCUCUGUCUCCUUAGAAGAGCAGUCUACACAUCCUCGAUUGCAUAUAUGAAGCAAUGAAAGAUUAACAUACUACAGCCAUUAUUUCCAUUGAAAUAAACAUCAGUGGGUUAAACUGAGAGGUCUGGAGAAAGAAUAAACUACUUUCAGCCUGA